AUGUCAGAGUGUGCAUCAUCAUUGGCCAAUACAUCAGAUAUUUUGUCAUCAAGAACACAGCAACAAUAUAAGUACGAAUCCUGGGAGCGAGUGGCUGAAACACAUCGAGUUAACUUCACGGAUUGCCCGUGUAUUGGGAACGCCAGCUUUAAUCUCGCCUCCAUCAUCCUGGACGAUGCUCACAACAUCACAUCUGUCUCCGUCACCACCUCCUAUGGCAACCAAUCCACCCUCCUCAAGAAUGCAACUAUUCAUGUGGGCUUGACAAUGACCAAAAGUGACCCCAUAGUGGCCAACCUGAGUAACACGCCCAGUUCGUUCACCAAACAGACCUUCAAUGUGACGGCGUAUGGAAAACAUGUGACGCUCAUCAGGUGGGACAACAUUCCCCUGUGUGUGUGUUACCUGGGGGCCAAGGGGUACUGA